GAUUUAAACCAAAAACAUCUAUUCAAACAAAAAGCAAGUCACAAGUCAGCCACUGACUGAACCUUCCACCCAAAACUUCCCUGAGCCAAGGUUAGCCAUGGACUCCACCCCUACCCCUACCCCUACCCCUACCUUUCUUCGCCAUUCCCAAUCCCAAUGCAGCAGCCCACUCCUCUACCCUCCACCCUCCUCCGCUACCAAGCUCCCCAUCAAACGCAAAAAACCCCGACUCCAUUAACCCUAACCCUAAACCUCUUCUCUCCCCAACUCCUCAGUGACUUCAACGACGUCGUCCUCGUCCCAACCCCACCAGAUUCAUAUGCCCAAACCCUCAGCACCGCCAGAACGCCCCCGUUUAAGUACCACCGAGUCUGGACCGAGCCCGACGAGCUUCUCUUCCUCCAAGGCCUCCUCGACUGCGCCUCCCAUGGUGGCUUCUCCUUCCCCAAAGACCUCCGCCUCUUCUACGGCCGCUUCUCCGCCACCGUCUCUCACUCCUACACCAAAUCCCAGCUCUCCGAGAAGCUCCGCCGCCUCCGGAAAAAGUUCCGAGUCGUCUCGUCCCGCCUCACUCGCGGCCUCUGCGAGUCCCAGCUCUCGCCUCACGAUCGCGCCCUGUACGACCUCUCCAGGAAGCUCUGGAGCCCCGAGUGCUGGUCCACUUCCCCGUUCGGUAACAGAGAAAAGAGCGACGCCGGAGAGUCUGAUAAUUUGGCGGCGGCGGAUGAGAAUCUGAAUCAGAAUAAGAACCAGAGCGUUUCGGAUGAUCUCGAUGUCGAAAAUGAUAGCGGCGAUGAGGUGAAGACGACGAGCGAGUUGGCACGGCCCAUUGCUGCGCUGGCGGCGAAUAGUGUUCUGGACGUGUUUGAUCAGUCUCUCAAUGAGGUUCGGAUGCUUCUUGUUCAACAGGGUGUGCUCUGUUCUGACCCGGUUCGUUUGGCUUCGGGUUCGGGUUCUUCGAAUGAGGGGAAGACUGCAAUGGACUUCGAGACGCAGUGGCAGCUCCAACGCCUUGCUGAAUUGGAUGUGUUGGCUCAGAGAUUGAGGUUGGUUCUCGAAGACUCGAAUCGGUGGCAAUGAGUAUAUAUAUCACGAGGGCGAGCCUUGGCGCAACAGAAAGGUUGCUCCUUUGUGACCGAAAGGUCACGGGCUCGAGUCUUGGGAACAGCCCAGGUAAGGCUGCGUACGAUAGAC